AUGUUCUUCUUCUUGUUUGGAUUGCUGAAUGUGGAUGGGUACUAUAACUCUCUGUUGUCAUUCAUAGACAAAGCUGUGGAAGAAGGAUUCAUCAGUCCAAAUGCAAGGCAUAUUAUUGUAUCUGCUCCUACAGCUAGGGAGUUAGUUAAGAAGCUGGAGGAAUAUGUUCCUCGUCAUGAAGGAGUUGCGUCGAAGUUGAACUGGGAGAUGAGCAGCUUGGCUACUCAUCGAAAUUCGACAUAUCUAGGUGAUGAAAAUGGGCUUUUGGGUGCCUUGCUACUACUACUAACUUUGAAAGAUAGAAAAAAAAUGAUUUUAUAAUUUUGGUAUGGAGGGAGGGAUGAUAUUCUUCUUUGUAAAUCACUCACUGGCUGCUAAAGAACCAGACCAGAACAAACCAGAGCAUUUGAAGCGUUUUUGUGUUCCUCUUCCCCAACUUAUUAGGUUUUUUUCAUUUUGAUGUGUAAGUACCUACUACUAUUAGAUGAUCAUCAUCCUUGCAUAUCAAAUAUCAAAUCCCCUUUUGUUC